AUGCUACGAUUCACUUUUUUCCUUGCUGCUUCCUUACUUCUAACUAUCCCUAGCACUCAGGCUGACAUUUUUGACGGUAUUUCAGGAGUAGCCUCAGAUGUUGGAGACUUCUUCACCAAGCAAUUCAAUUCCGCCAAAGACUUAUUUGCUGGAGAUCAAAAUGAACUUGAGAAAAACAUCAAUCGCCUAAAGGAUCUGUUGACUGCCUUGAAGGAGAAGGCUAAGGCUUUGGAACCUUUGGCUAGUGAUGCCCAGAAGAAGACACUUGCUAAAGUAGAUGAGUACCUUGGACAAAUUGACGAAUUCCAAGAGACUGUCAAGACUGAGGGUAAAGAAUCUUUCGAGGCUAACAAGACCAAGUGGCAAGAAAUGGUCACCAAGAUCUUCGAGACCGGCGGUCUUCAAGAUGUUAUGAAGUUGCUUAAUGUCAAAUCAGCCGGCCAAUUCUCACUCGUAAUUGCUGCAUGCGUUCCAGUGAUGAUGGCUCUUCUCCGUUAA